UUGAAGUUUCCAAGCGGCGAGCAAAAGUUAGGGAAUCAAUGGGCAAUCCUGAUCUGACUUCAAAGCUGGAAGCUGCAGAAACGAAACUGCAUGAGCUGAAGUCAAAUGUCGCAACAUUAGGGAAGGAAGCUUCUGCAGACUGCUGUAGAAGCUCAACAACAACGAUUAACACUACAGCGCCUCAUCACAAUGAGGUUGAGUCAGAGCGAUGUUACCAUUACAGAGUCCUGCAGAUACUUGAUCAACUUGAAAGUGAGAUGGUAUCAGAGCGCCAAAGAAUUGAAGCACCUACUAGCCCUGUAGCGGACCACUCUAUGCCACCACCACCAUCGUAUGAUGAAGUUAAUGGUGUAUCUGCUUCGGCUUACGAGGGAGUGACUGACAGCAUGGGAUAUUCUCUUGGGGAGGUUAUGCAUUCAUACCAAGCUGAGUCUGAUGUGGAAUUGAAUUUGUCAGUUGGUGACUACAUUGUUGUUCGAAAGGUAUCAAACAAUGGCUGGGCAGAAGGUGAGUGCAAAGGUAAAGCAGGUUGGUUCCCUUUUGGAUUUGUUGAAAGACGAGAUCGUGUUCUUGCAAGCAAGAUAGCUGAAGUUGUCUGAAGAUAUUAAUGUGGCAAUGCUAGAUUUGUAUAUUUAAACGUGUGUAAGGUCUUGCAUUUGUUCUUGUCCUGUGAAAGUUCAGCAACCCCUUUCUUUUCAUUUUUUUGCGGAGAAUCAGAAACCUAUUUUUGUUACGCCACUGUAUGAUGUUCCCGGUGUUUCAAAACAUGCACAUUAGUCCUAAAAAUGGAGGCAGUAUAGCUCAUGUUUUUGGUCAGUGGUCGACUCAGUGAAA